UUUUUUUUAUUUUCGUUUUUAUAUUAUACAUCAUGUCUAGUGUUGUUGAUACCACUCAAAUCUUUAAGGAAAACCUCUUUGCUGGUAAAGUUCUUUUGUGUUCUGGUGGGGGUAGUGGUAUUUGUCGAGGUAUGACUGAAGCUAUGGUACGACAUGGGGCUAAAGCUGUCAUUAUCAGUAGAUCAAAGGACAAACUGGAAAAGGCUGCUGCUGAAAUGCGUCAAGCUACUGGUGGUGAGAUCAUUGCUGUGGCCGCAGAUGUACGCAAACCUGAAGCUGUAGAAAACGCUGUCCAAAAAACCAUUGAAGCUUUUGGAAGAAUUGAUUUUUUGAUCAAUGGUGCUGCUGGUAAUUUCCUUGCUCCUUUCCAAGAUUUAUCAUAUAAUGCAUUCCGAACCGUGAUUGAAAUCGAUUUAUUGGGUACAUUCAACUUGACAAAAGCUGCCUCAGAACAUCUUAAAAAAGCAAAAGGAAGUAUCAUCAAUGUUUCUGCAACUCUUUAUUACACUGGCCUUCCUUAUCAACAACAUGCUGGAUCUGCUAAAGCCGCUAUUGAUGCUUUGACCAAACAUUGGGCAGUGGAAUUGGGACCUCAUGGUGUUCGUGUUAAUGGUAUCUCCCCUGGUCCCAUUGGAUCUACGGUUGGUAUGAAAAAGUUAUCUGGAGCUUUCCGACGUGAUGAAAAUGGUGGUCAUAGCUCUAUUCCUUUAGGACGACAAGGUGAAACAAUGGAUAUUGCACAAGCUACUGUUUUCCUGAACUCUCAAGGUGCUUCAUGGAUCACUGGUGUUACAUUGGUCGUUGACGGUGGAUGCUGGAUGACUACUGCGCCUGUCAACUACCCCCAAAUGGUGCUCAACCCUCCCAAGCUCGCUCGUCUAUAGGUUAGAAUACAUAUUAUAUAGUCCAGUCUUUCUUUUUACAUUACUAUUUACGAUAAUUCAAUAAACCGAUUUUAUUCUAUAAUCUA